AUGGUUAGGACCAGAGGAUUAAGUCGUGCCUUAGGUCAGGUUACUGGUAGAGGUGUGGGCAGAGGAGAUCGUGAUGAUUCUGAUGAUGCUCCGCAGCGUCAAUGGCCUACUGCAUCCGCACGGAGGCAGCGAGUCGCUGUGACUGCGGAUCACAUCGAUGAGUCAGUCAUCCCUGUGCCAGAUGUUCAGGAUGACCUGAUGGAGGCACCAGCUGCUGUAGAGGACAUUCCUGCGGACGAUGCGGUUCAGAUGCUGGUGGACUUGUUGAUGGCAGGUCAUUGGACAGCUGCGGCUCGCGCAUAUCUUCUUCACCUACUGGGUUGCACUCUGUUUGCUAACAAGAGUGCAACCAAUGUCCAUGUUGUCUACUUGGAGGCCCUUCGUGACCUCAGUAUGACAGAGAGGUACGCCUGGGGAGUGGCUGCUUUGGUUCAUAUGUACGACCAGCUGAACGAUGCAUCUAUGAGCCACAGUCGACAGCUUGGCGGUUACAUCACACUGCUGCAGCACUUUCCCUCGGUCACGGAGUCCACCGCUGAUCAGGACUACGACGAGGCUUCUCCGCGUGCGUGUAGGUGGAUUGCGAUGAAGAAGACCGUGAAGAGCAUUCGCACGCCGUCAUACAGGGAGCGCCUGGACCGACUCCGGAUUCCGGAUGUCUGUUGGAUCCCUUAUGGGGAGCAUCGGGAGGUCCGGGACUUCCACGUCAGAUCAUGUUAUUCCGGUCUCUUGCGCUGGGGGCCUGUUGCUGUUUAUUACCGACCGGAGAGGGUCGUGCGACAGUUUGGCUACACGCAGACCAUUCCUGCUCCUCCUGUCGAUUCAUGGGUCUCGUAUAAUGAUAUACACGAUAGGUGGAUGCACUACGAGGAUCAUAUCGUACCUGCAGGUGAGGCCACGCAUUAG